AUGAAUAACGGCCAAAAUGUCGAUGUUUUAGCUUCAUUACUUUGGCAAAGGUCAUCAGAAGAUGAAAAUGGGCUAUUCAAGCGAAACUUGGAAAGGACUUUAGUUUUCGGAAUCUUCCCGUUGGAUAAAUUAGCGAAUACUGAUGCAGAGCUGAAAAAAGUUCGGAAGUUAUGGCAAGAGAUUGUCAAGCCUUGGAAUGAGUGCUAUCCGUGGGGUCAGUUUUUAGGUGUGCGGACUGAGGAACUGGAAAAUGACCUUGGCACUAAAUACAUAUUCGGUCAUUUAGUUGUGGGUGAUAUUCUUGACCAGGAAUUUCUGGUUGUGGCUUUACUACAGAGAUUAUCGAUAUUAUGUGGCCUUGGUACGUUUAUAAAGGUUUGUGAUUCGGAUGGAGAUUUUUUAUUAAUGGAAUCGAGUGAAGUUUUGCCGGAAUGCUACGAAUUUCCAGUGGGCAAUAAUCGACUUUAUAUUCACGAGGGAAGUUUUAAAUUUAUUCCUCCAACGGUGGCCCAGGGAGUUUCGCUGUAUCCCCACGAAGCGCUUCAGUUUUUACGGGAUUCCUAUUUCAAAUGCUUAGAGGUGCCGCAAGUCAGCAAGCGCUUAAUGGAAACUAUAGUCAAGCCCUUUCCUCUUAAAUUUUUGAAAAGCCUAAGAUGCGUCGAAAUCAAGUUCAAAAGAGGAACGCACUCAGAAGUUCUUUUAAAAAACCUGAAUAUUGUUUCUAUAUUGCUAGAGCACGCGUUUUCUGAAGAAGUUUUUUUGAGCGAUGAAGUCGGUGCCUCUGAGAGUGAUGGACAUGAAUCCGUGCUGGAAGGAGCUAAAAUUGUGAUUCCAUUUUACUAUUGCGAGAUCCUUGCUUCUUACGCCACUGCGAAGGGAGCCAAAUCUGAAAGAGAUCGAGAGUUACUUUACGGACGUCUGCUAUCGCAUUCGCUCCAAGAUCAGCUCAAAAGCGGGCUUUUGACUGAGUCUCAGCUCAACCACGGACCCAACGGGGUAGAAAAUAUCAUCGAAAGACUGCAGAACUUAAAAGAAUUCCCGAACAAUUCAGACUUCGAACUCAAAUCCGCUCCGGAUUUUGCGCAAGAAACAUCAACUCAAGACAUUGAACAUGACUUGGAGGAAGAGGCGGUUGGUCAUUUGCAAACAUUGUUUGAACAACUCAAAAGCUCUCUUGAUGGUAAUUGUGAUGAGUACGGGCAAGAUGACGACGAUGCGAGCGAAAAUGAUGAGCGACUGGGGAAAUAUUUUCAGAAAGAAGACAUUGACAUAGAUGAGGAAGACUUUUUUGAGUUUUUUCUAACCGAGGCGUUGCAAGAGAAAGGUGGUCUCGAUAAAUACCGAUCGUGA